CAAAGCCCCCUCUGCUGCAGCCUCCCGCACACCCGCCCCACCAUGCCCCUCCUCAGCGGCCACGAGGCAGUCCCACUGGGGCAGGAGGAGCUGGCGCAGCAGGAGGAGCAUUUCGUCGGCUUCACCCACGGCUUGGUUCGGCUCACGCCCGGGAAGUGGUUCCUCCCCGCAGCCUUCACCAACUUCGCCGACAAGAUUUACAACUUCCAGUGGCGGAGUGACGACGUUCUGGUGAUGGCCUACCCUCGCAGCGGCACGAGCUGGCUGCAGGAGGUCGUCUGGACCAUGAAGAACAACCCCGACCUCGAGAACCCGAUGGCCGACAUGCCGCUCCUGGCUAGGAGUCCCUAUGUUGACAUGGACAUGAUGAUGGAUGGCAGGAAGAUGCCGCCCCUCGCGCCGGACAACCCGCUCCUGCAGGGCUUCAUCAAGAUGUGCCCAGGAGGAAAUCCGGCUGACGGAGUCAACCUGCAGCUGACUGCAGCCACGCCUAGUCCCAGAAUCAUCAAGACACAUCUCCCCCUGUCCCUGUUACACCCAAACCUGCUGGACACUAUUAAGCCAAUCAUGACCAUGUAUGAUAGAUGCGGGCAGCUUGCACCUCCUGCAGAAGUUUGUAAAAAGAGGAAAAAACAAGCGAGAAAAAAAAGACCACAAGCUCGGUUCCCUCCAGUGGUGUACGGGCCGUACUGGCGACACGUGAAGGAGGCCUGGGAGAAGCGCGAGGCCCCCAACCUGCACUUUGUCUUUUACGAGGACCUGAAGGCUGACCCGGCCUCGGAGCUCAAGAGGCUCGGCGGCUUUCUGGGCUGCGACCUCGCCAAGGACCAGCUGGAGAACCUCAUCAGGUACACCAGCUUCGCCGAGAUGCAGGCGCGGGACAACGUGAUGGGCGUGAAGUCCGCCGAGAACCCCGUCAUGAACCAGGGCGUGGUCAAGGAAGAUGGCGGCUUCUUCAGGAAGGGCGAGGUGGGCAGCUGGAAGGAGCGGCUGUCGGCGGAGGCGUCGGAGCGGCUGGAGCAGUGGGCGGCAAAGAACCUUGAGGGCAUCCCCUUCAAGUACAUCUGAGCUCAGCAUCGCGCCUGCAACGCCUGCUUCCCGCCAGCGCCUUUAUCGGAUUAUGCGCAAUGAUAAUCUGGAACCGCUUGCAGAAAACGUAAUCGGAGGAUCUAUAGGCCUAUAAAAAAUCGCGAGCUAUAUGCUUCCUGUUUCGCUCAUGCCUUUGCAGCUGUAUUUGCUGUAUUAAUGUGUUAGCAUCAAUGAACUUUAUGACUCAGCUAUUUCAGUGUGAAUGUUAAGCAUUUACCUGUGUUAUUCUUACACUGUAUUCCUUGUAUGUGUAUGUGCACGAGGCGAACAUGUUUAAAGACAUAUAACAAAUCUUCUUUUACACACGUGUCAGUAAAAACCCCGCCCCUAUAGAAGACUUGCGUAUUGUGAAUCAAGCGGUUACUGCAAUAAUGAUAAGAACAAGUAGAAGGUAAACUUGAGCGUCCUCACUCUCCCCUUUCUCUUCUCUUCCCACUGGCCAUUGCUCCUCCCGUCUAACCCUCUCCCCUUACUUAGCUGCAGACCUAUGUACCCCGCGAUGAUCUUAUUGCUGGACUGCCACUAGCACUUCAUUCUGCUUGACCCUGUCGCCGCUUCAGUGUGCCUGGAGAGCCAGUCUAUUGGUCUAUCUAUCUAAUACUGCAUUUGAUUUGUGAUUGGUAUAAGGACUGAAAAUAUAUAUUCAUUAAAUA